UAUGAUGUGACACCAGUACACAGUUCCAUUGACCACAGUCAUGGCAGCGCACUUUUGCCUGGGAUUCGCCCUUUGAGAUGAGAAGUAGACGUUACUCCUAAAAAUCUCCACUUUAGUUAGAGAUGCCCGGUCCUUGCUGAUGGGGAUGAGCCGGCUUGAUCUGCUCUACAGAAGGCUCCUCCUCACCAAACUCUUCAUCCAAGGAUGGGGAAAGCCAGAGGAUCUGAAACGGAUAUUCCAGUUUAGGAAAAUCAUAGGAGAUCGGGAAAAAUGUAAGAACCUCGUACCACGGGACUAUCCAGUUUUUAUCGACAAGGUAGAGGAUCACUCGGACUGCAGAAUUCACAGCGGUCACUUCGUCUCCCCGCUCCAACACUUUGUCCCGGGCAUUUUGCCAGAGGAGUCGGUUAGAGCCAGCUUUCAGUUUAUAGUUCCCAAAAAAUGGAAGCAACACAGACCGGUGUGUAUCCAUCUGGCAGGAACAGGAGAUCACUUUUUCUGGAGGAGGCGGACUCUCAUGGCCAGACCCAUGAUCAGAGAGGCAGGAAUGGCGUCGCUGCUGCUGGAAAACCCGUAUUAUGGAUACAGAAAACCUAAAGACCAGAAGCGCUCCAGUCUGAAGAACGUAUCUGACCUGUUCGUGAUGGGCGGAGCUCUCAUCCUGGAGUCGGCCGCUCUCCUACACUGGUUGGACAGAGAAGGCUUCUGGCCGCUGGGAAUGACCGGCAUCUCCAUGGGAGGCCAUAUGGCGUCUUUAGCCGUAACCAACUGGCCCAAGCCGAUUCCUCUGAUCCCGUGUCUUUCCUGGACUACUGCUUCCAAUGUUUUUACCACUGGAGUGUUAAGUAGAGCUGUGAACUGGAGGGAACUGGAGAAGCAGUACGCCACACACACCGUCUACGAGGACGAGAUCAUCCACAUGCUGGAGUACUGCGGGACGGACUCAUUCCGGAUGGGCCAGGACUUUGUGCGUGACGCCCCGGGCAGCUUUGACAAACUCUCGGACGUGUCCCUGUCCUCUGAGCUUCUACUGCAGCAGAGAGACGCUGGGGACGGGUUUGAUCGCAUGCUUUCGUCUUCUAUCGGCGUCAAUCAGACUCACGUGGACGCACUUCACAGCAACAGCGUGAGCUGCAGCGCAGGACGGCGUCGCUCGCUGCAGAGGGAGUCGCUCUGCUUCAUGAAGGGCGUGAUGGACGAGUGCACGCACAUCGCAAACUUCUCAGUGCCAGUGGAUCCCAGUCUGAUCAUUGUGGUCCAGGCUAAAGAGGACGCCUACGUGCCUCGCUCGGGUGUUCGCAGCCUGAAGGAGGUUUGGCCAGGCUGUGAGGUUCGCUACCUCAACGGGGGCCACAUUACAGCCUAUCUGUUUAAACAGGCAGUGUUCAGACGGGCCAUUUACGAUGCCUUCGAGCGCUUUGUUCAAAAGUAUCCUUUAUUAUUAUAAUAGUCACGGAGCCUUCGCCGCUGUGCCGAUGACAUGGUAAAGAAAAUCAAUGAAAUAUAACAUAACAUACACCAGGACUCAGAACGGACCUGACUCUAAUCCUCUCCACACCAUGGUGCUACUGAAGACUGACUAGUAUUUACACAUCCUCACAGUAUAAAGUUUAUAGACCUUUUCGAACACCAAGCCAAAUUUCAUCUACACCUUCUAUAAUCGGUUUGUUUUUACCUCCUCAGCCUUUUCAUUUGAAGCCCAGGGGCAUUUAGAAAUCACAGAUCACUGCCAAGCCUACAGGAGCAUCAGAUUAUUAAUUAUCAUUUGAAAUUAAAGUAUUAGCAUUUGUAAUGGUAUUAUUAUUAUUAGUUUUUUUUAAUUCCCUCAAUUUAUUUCCUACAUGUAAUAACUACUUUUUCAACCCUUCACAUUUCUAUGUCUCAACUUUGAAAUAAAAAUCAUACUUUGAA